GUUGGGGGGGGGUAGGAAGGAAGGGGCGGCGCUUUCUCCUCUCCUUCACCCUGGCGUGCUAGCAGGCUUGCCGUCUUUUGUUAAUAGAAAGAAAGAAAAAUUAUUUAAUAGAACCGACGGGGAAAAUGGCGAACGACUCUCCUGCGAAAAGUCUGGGGGAGAUAGACCUCUCCUCCUUACGGGACCCUGCUGGGAUUUUUGAGCUGGUGGAAGUGGUUGGAAAUGGCACAUAUGGUCAAGUUUAUAAGGGUCGACAUGUCAAGACAGGCCAACUUGCAGCUAUCAAGGUCAUGGAUGUUACUGAGGAUGAAGAAGAAGAAAUCAAGCUGGAGAUAAACAUGCUGAAGAAAUAUUCCCAUCAUAGAAAUAUUGCAACUUACUACGGUGCUUUUAUUAAGAAAAGUCCUCCAGGACAUGACGACCAACUAUGGCUUGUCAUGGAGUUUUGUGGUGCAGGCUCUAUUACAGACCUUGUGAAGAAUACGAAAGGAAAUACUUUGAAGGAGGACUGGAUAGCCUACAUCUCCAGAGAAAUUCUUAGGGGAUUGGCGCAUCUCCACGCCCACCAUGUGAUUCAUCGGGAUAUCAAAGGGCAGAAUGUAUUGCUAACAGAAAAUGCAGAGGUGAAACUGGUGGACUUUGGUGUUAGUGCUCAGCUGGACAGGACAGUCGGUAGAAGAAAUACCUUUAUUGGCACGCCUUACUGGAUGGCCCCGGAAGUUAUUGCCUGUGAUGAAAACCCGGAUGCUACAUAUGACUACAGAAGUGACCUUUGGUCAUGUGGCAUUACAGCUAUUGAGAUGGCAGAAGGUGCUCCCCCUCUCUGCGACAUGCAUCCAAUGCGAGCCCUGUUUCUUAUUCCUAGAAAUCCUCCUCCACGGCUAAAAUCUAAGAAAUGGUCAAAAAAGUUCUUUAGUUUUAUAGAGGGCUGUUUAGUGAAGAACUAUAUGCAACGACCUUCUACAGAGCAGCUUUUAAAACAUCCAUUUAUACGCGAUCAGCCAAAUGAAAGGCAAGUCCGAAUCCAGCUUAAAGAUCACAUAGACAGAACCAAGAAGAAGAGAGGCGAAAAGGAUGAAACUGAAUAUGAAUAUAGUGGAAGUGAAGAAGAGGAAGAGGAAGUGCCUGAACAAGAAGGAGAGCCAAGUUCUAUUGUUAAUGUGCCUGGAGAAUCUACCCUCAGACGUGAUUUCCUGAGAUUGCAGCAGGAAAACAAGGAACGUUCUGAAGCUCUUCGGAGACAACAGCUGCUACAGGAACAGCAGCUCCGAGAGCAAGAGGAAUACAAGCGACAGCUGCUGGCAGAGAGACAAAAGCGCAUUGAACAGCAGAAAGAGCAGAGGAGGAGACUAGAGGAGCAACAAAGAAGAGAAAGGGAAGCUCGGAGGCAGCAAGAGCGGGAGCAAAGAAGGAGAGAGCAGGAGGAGAAGAAACGAAUGGAGGAAAUGGAAAAGAGGCGCAAGGAAGAAGAGGAGAGAAGGAGAGCAGAGGAGGAAAAGAGGAGAGUAGAAAGAGAGCAGGAGUAUAUCAGGCGACAGCUAGAAGAGGAGCAGCGGCACUUGGAAAUUCUUCAGCAGCAGCUGCUCCAGGAGCAGGCCAUGUUACUGGAAUACAGAUGGCGGGAAAUGGAAGAGCACCGGCAAGCAGAGAGGCUGCAGCGCCAGUUGCAACAGGAGCAGGCGUAUCUCUUGUCACUUCAGCAUGACCAUAGGCGGCAGCAGCAGCAGCAGCAACAAGAAAGGAAUAAACAAAAUUAUCAUACUCCUGAGCCUAAAUCCCAUUAUGAGCCUUCUGAAAGACCACGGGAGGUUGACGAUAGAUAUAGGAAAAAUAACCAGGGCUCCCCUGAAGCACAGUCUAAACAGACGAGCAAAGUGUUGGAGCCACCAGUGCCUUCAAGAUCAGAGUCCUUUUCAAAUGGAAAUUCCGAGCCUGUUCAGCCUUCACUGCAAAAGCCAAUGGAACCACAGGUACAGUGGUCCCACCUGGCAUCUCUCAAGAACAAUGUUUCCCCUGUCUCGCGGUCCCAUUCCUUCAGUGACCCUUCUCCCAAAUUUGCACAUCACCAUCUUCGCUCUCAGGACCCAAAUCCACCUUCACGCAGUGAAGUGCUAAAUCAGAGUUCUGACUCUAAGUCUGAGGUACCCGACCCCACCCAAAAGGCCUGGGCUAGAUCAGACAGUGACGAGGUGCCUCCAAGGGUACCUGUGAGAACAACAUCCAGAUCACCUGUGUUAUCUCGCCGAGAUUCGCCGCUGCAGGGCAGUGGACAGCAAAACAACCAAGCAGGUCAAAGAAAUUCCACAAGCAAUAUAGAGCCUCGCCUGCUCUGGGAAAGAGUGGAGAAGCUGGUGCCAAGACCCGGGAGUGGAAGUUCCUCUGGUUCCAGCAAUUCCAGUUCACAGCCCGGGUCGCAUCCUGGGUCCCAGAGCGGAUCGGGAGAGAGAUUCCGAAUGAGAUCAUCAUCAAAAUCUGAAGGUUCACCAUCGCAACGUAGUGAAAAUGCAACAAAAAAACCAGAAGAGAAGAAGGAAGCUUUCAGACCUAGCAAACCUGUGGGAGAAGUGAAUUUAACUGAUUUGGCGAAGGAAUUACGAGCAGUCGAGGAUGUGCGGCCUCCACAUAAAGUGACUGAUUAUUCAUCAUCCAGUGAAGAGUCGGGAACAACUGAUGAAGACGAUGAUGACAUAGAGCAGGAAGGAGUUGAUGAAUCUACUUCGGGACCAGAAGAUGCUAGAGCAGUAUCCACUCUAAACCUGAGCAAUGGGGAAACAGAGUCCGUGAAAACUAUGAUUGUGCACGACGACGUGGAGAGUGAACCUGCAAUGACUCCUUCCAAGGAGGGCACUUUAAUUGUCCGACAGAGUACAGUUGACACAAAGCGUGCCAGCCAUCAUGAGAGCAAUGGCUUUGCCGGUCGCAUUCACCUCUUGCCAGAUCUCUUACAGCAAAGCCAUUCCUCCUCCACUUCCUCCACCUCUUCCUCCCCAUCCUCCAGCCAGCCGACACCCACCAUGUCCCCACAGACACCCCAGGACAAGCUAACUACUAAUGAGACUCAGUCCGCUAGUAACACACUGCAGAAACACAAAUCUACCUCCUUUACACCUUUUAUAGACCCUAGAUUACUACAGAUAUCUCCAUCUAGUGGAACAACUGUGACUUCUGUUGUAGGAUUCUCUAGUGAAGCAAUGAGGUCAGAGGCAAUAAGGCAAGAUCCAACCAGGAAAGGAUCAGUUGUUAAUGUGAACCCUACAAAUACACGGCCACAAAGCGACACCCCAGAAAUCCGCAAAUACAAGAAGAGAUUCAAUUCUGAGAUCUUAUGUGCUGCCUUAUGGGGGGUGAAUUUGUUAGUGGGUACAGAGAGUGGUCUGAUGCUGUUGGACAGGAGUGGCCAAGGGAAAGUGUAUCCAUUAAUAAACCGAAGAAGAUUCCAGCAAAUGGAUGUACUUGAAGGUCUAAACGUCUUGGUGACAAUAUCGGGUAAGAAAAACAAAUUGAGAGUGUAUUAUCUGUCAUGGUUAAGAAACAAAAUUCUUCACAAUGACCCUGAGGUGGAAAAGAAACAAGGCUGGACAACUGUAGGUGACUUGGAAGGCUGUGUACACUAUAAAGUUGUGAAGUAUGAAAGAAUCAAAUUCUUAGUAAUUGCUUUGAAGAGUUCAGUAGAGGUCUAUGCUUGGGCACCAAAACCAUACCACAAAUUUAUGGCAUUUAAGUCAUUUGGAGAUUUGGUACAUAAGCCAUUAUUAGUGGAUCUUACUGUGGAAGAAGGUCAGAGGCUGAAGGUGAUCUAUGGCUCCUGUGCUGGAUUUCAUGCUGUGGAUGUAGACUCUGGAUCAGUGUAUGAUAUUUAUCUCCCAACUCAUAUCCAGAGUAGUAUCCAACCCCAUGCAAUCAUCAUUUUGCCAAACACAGAUGGGAUGGAGCUGCUUGUUUGCUAUGAAGAUGAAGGAGUCUAUGUUAAUACAUAUGGAAGGAUCACCAAAGAUGUGGUUCUGCAGUGGGGAGAAAUGCCAACAUCAGUGGCAUAUAUUCGAUCCAAUCAGAUCAUGGGCUGGGGAGAAAAAGCUAUUGAGAUACGAUCAGUGGAAACAGGACACUUGGAUGGUGUAUUUAUGCACAAGAGGGCACAAAGACUGAAGUUUCUAUGUGAACGCAAUGACAAGGUUUUCUUUGCAUCUGUACGGUCCGGAGGAAGCAGCCAAGUUUAUUUCAUGACCUUAGGCAGGACUUCUCUUCUGAGCUGGUAGAAGCUAUUGUAGUUGUGACAAGGGAUCGCUGUCAUCCGGAGUCUUCAUAACUUGGAACCAUUUGCAACUGGAGAACAGACCUGACGUGACGUAGGGCCACAUGCCAUUGCGUGUGGAGGCAUCACCGAUGUUGGGUUCUUUUUGUUUUAAAAUUGAGGCUGCGGUAUGCAGCUGGUGCUGUAAAGAUAUUGCCAUUGGGUGCUAUCUGUUUUGGGAUCCCACUAGAGGAAAAAUCAGGUCUCCCUCUCCUUUUCCUCCUUCCCCUCCUGCAGAUUGCCUAGUGAGAAAGAAAGAAAGAGACGGAUCAGAAGCAAGUUUUUUGAAAGGAGGCAGGCAUGAGAAGGUGGCUGGAGGGUGUUGUAGGUGGAGUCAGUGUUGCUGAAGCAGAGAGCAAAUCUAAUAUAGUAAUAUUAACAAUGUAUUUAAUUGACAUUUCUUUUUUUUCUUUUGUAAUGUGACAAUAUGUGGGCAAAGAGGAAGAUGCAGGUUUUAAAAUUAAUAUUUAUAAAAUGUGAAAGGCACAGUGGUUUGGGGGGAGAUAGGGUGACUUUUUUUAAGUUUUGGCUUGGCCAAGAGUUCAGUCAUUUUUUUUUUCUAUGUACCGAGUUUUGCCUAAAAACCACACGUGGAUGAUUUUUUAAAUAAAUAAAUAGAAUUGUUCAUUUUUCUAUAACGACUCUUCAUUAGGCUAGAACUUGGUAAUGUCAGUGUUAGCACUGCCUCAGUUAAAGGUUUAAUUUUUGUUUAAACCUGAAAUGUGCAACAACUUUUACUACCAGUCUGCGCAUGUAGCCUUUGGGGAAAAAAAAAAAUUCCAAACAUGUUUAUUUUUGUGCCUACCUCAUUGUUUCUAAUGCAUACAGUAAAAGAGGUGGUUUAGGUUUCUACUUUUUUUUUUAGGAGAACAAAUAUUAAUGUCCAAUUAUUGAUAAUACCAAAACUAGCAGGUUAAAGGUUUGACUGUUAAUUUUGUAUUGGGUUUCAGCAGAAGAGACAAGCAAUUAUUUGAGAUGGUUGAUAGAUUCGUAGCAGUGAUACAGCAAACUAAGUAGUCCAUUUCUUAAAUUUUGAAAGCAAACUUUUCACUUUAUUUUUUACCGAUUUUAUCAUGAAUAGAAGUUUUAAGGAAUUCAGCCUAAAAUUCAGAAGGUUUUACUCCUAACAUGUGGGGUUUAGUAACAGGCAAGUAACAAUAGCUAGGCUAGUUCUAUAACUUGUUAAAUGUUGUAGGAAACUUGGGGAAGUGAUGUUUUCCUUUUCUAAGAAUGCAAUGCACUAAAACUAUUUUAAGAAUGUAGUUAAUACAGCUUAUUCAUUUUUUUUUCUUUUUUUAAAACAGCAUAUACUUGUGUUUUAAUGUAACAUCCAACUCUUGGCUCUUUCCCUCAUUUGUCCCACUUUUUUAAAGGGAAAAAAACCCCUCAGUUUUGUUUUAUCAGUAAGUUUUUGGCCUUCGUAAUAAAUGUCUCAAGACUAAUAAUUUGUUUAAAGGCUACAUGUGUUUAUUACUUGAGAAAACUUGAGUGUGUAUUAUCUGUUGGUGAUGUAAUAAUGCACAGUGUCAUUAUUCGAUCGUUAUGGGGUUGGUUUUUUUUAAGGGAUUAAAAAAUAAAAAACUCUUAUGGGGUACUUUUGUUGACAGCUGCCUUAAGUUCACUGUUCAGCCAGUGAACUGGAGUCCAGUGUUUCAUGGGCUAUGUCUUCUGCUGUGGUUACCUUUUUCAUGGCAUGACAGGUGUAGAGAUUUAAAUGUGAUUCUUCGAUCGAGACGCUUCAAUAGUUCAAAUGAGAUUUGUCACACAACUUGCUUUGUGUCGAACAGUACCAAUUGGGUGAACCUGCUGCUCCAUAAGCCAUUCUUUUGGAAUCAAGACUGCUGUUCCUUUCUUUGACCAACUUAUUUUUCUUUACUAAGGGCUUUCUUUGCAAGAUCAGGAAGUCCCCCCCUCUCCCCAAAAAAGGAGUAAAUAGCAGAAAACACACAGAUAAUUGUUGGCAGAAAAAACCUUUUGAAGUCUCUCCUGUUUGAGGCGGGUGGGGAAUGGUUUGGCUUUUGCAUAGCACCGAACAUCAGAGCUCAUGCUAGACGUGGCUUUCAGUUCUCACUGUACCUGUUGUGAAACAGGUGAAAGUAGCAGCUCUGCUUUGAACAGCAAGGGAUUAAUGGGACUCAGAAGACCAAUGCAGACAGAGGCAAUAGGGGUAUCUCUCGCGUGGCACUGUAGCAUAUUCUCCUGGUUGACCAGACGCCCCAAAGGAAAAUAUUUAAAUGGCAUGGUGUGGUUAAAAACUGGUUUAAUCCUUGACCUCUCUUCUCAUGCCACCUUGCUAUCUAUAUAUAUUUUAAAGAAGACUACUGUUAAAUGUAGGAAUGUUGUAAUAUGGAGGAAUUCUCCCUGGUCAAUAUGCUGAUGAAAUCCUGUACAACAAAAUAGGAGGGUAGGGGUUGGGUGGGGAGCAUGACUUGUUCAGUGGGGCAGCCGUCUUGCUGCCCCCGAACCCCACACAAAGGCCAGGGUGGCUGACUUGACAAGUCAAAUCAGUAUUACGAAACCACUACAUAAAAAAAUGUUGAAAUCCAUUUUUAAAGCAGUGCUGUUGGUGAAGCAUAAAAAUACUCCUAGUUUAGUUUUAAGCUUUAAGUAAUAACUUUCUGUAUCUUAAGUCAAAGUAAUUCUAACUGUAUGACUGCAGUGGCUUUAUUUUUUAUUGUAUGCACAUGUUAUGUUGGAGAAAAUGUUUACAAAAAUGGUUUUGUUACACUAAUGUGCAUCACAUAUUUAUGGUUUAUUUCGAAGUGAUUUUGUGGGGUUUAGGUUUUCAUAGUAGUAGCAGUACACACUUUUGUGAUUUUUUUUAAAAAAAAUAACCCCAAACUCUGCCAACUAUAAAGAUGCUUAAACAAUAAUAAAAAUGACAAAAAUUACUAAUUGUAGAGCUGCAAAGCAGACUGGUGGCAAUGAAACACUCAGCCUUUUUGCAGUGCUGUCUAAUUUGUCUUUUGUGUAUUAUAAAAUACUGUCCCCCUCUCCCCAGUUUUCCUUAAAUAAAGAAAAAAAUGACACCUA